AUGCUGGAUCCUUCAAGAAGCUUUCUAAGCUUACAUCCCUCAUUAGAUGCAAUUUUUGAAGUGACUCUAACAACCAAUUCAAAAAGAUUUUCCUAUGCGGAGGAAAUUAACGAGCUUAUACCGUCUUUGUUGAAGUGGAUUGACGAGAUCGUGAUUGAGUUGCAUGCAAUUAAGCACCCACAAGCUUACCUGUUUCCCGAGUUGAAAUUUCCCCCAGAUAUGUUCCUUUCGCCUAUCGGACUUCUAGAUGAUGUAAUCGUUGAUGCAAAGACAAGCAUCGAGAGUUUCUAUCGACCGCUUAUUGGUAACUUAAUAACUUACCUCAAUAGUUAUCAAAUAUAUCUUGAGUUUCUGAGCUCGGACGUCGAGUCAUAUCUUCGGGAUAUCGAAGCGGAAAACAUGGACACUCAUGAAAUAUUCUUGGGAUUGAUCCAUUUUAAAUCCGAAUUAAAUUGCAUGAACGAAAACCUGCCCGGGACUGUAUGGAUAGGUGUUUUCAAAAUAUCCAUCGAGGCAAAAAAAUCGUUACACGAUAAAUACGACAAAAUCACUCGCGGGCUUGCUAAUAUACUAAUGAAUCAAUGCAGAAAUAAAGUGGAAAAGCUCAUCGCCAAUUACAGAGACAUUGAACAAACAUUAAGAAACACACCGCAUUGCAUUGAAGAGACAAUUGAGGUUGAAAAUUAUAUCCGAGAAAUCCCAUAUGUGUUUGAUCAAUCACGCCGAGUAAUGGACACUGUGGAAUCCGAGUACAGUUUGCUGGAAGCAAUUAAUUGCAAUAUUCCAACCAAUGAUUUUAAUUUGUAUUGGGAAGCUAUUGGGUAUCCGUUGAAAAUUACGGAUCAAAUUAAAUUAACAUUAGAAGCACUAAGCCAUAAGCGCUUGAAAUUAGUAGAGGAAUUACGUAUAGACGCGUUAGAGCUUGAAAAGAAAAUAAAAUCCUUGAUGGAAGAAUUUGGACGGGUAAUUGAAGUGAUUAGUGUUGAAAAUGUACUUGAAUGUGCGAUUGAAAUUAAGCGGAUGUGGAAAUCACUAAACUUAUGCAAAUCCCAAGCUUUAAUUGUUAAUCAACGCCAGGAUCUCUUUGACAUACCAGUCACAGAUUUUGAUCAAUUCUUAACGAUGCAAAGCUUUAUUGAAGAAACGGAGCAAAACAUUGUAAGUUGCGUCGAGUUGUUUGAAAAUCAACCA